CGCCGCCUGGCCGCCAUGGGCCGGCGAGCGCGGGACCGCCGGCGGCAGCAGCAGCAGCAGCGGCAGGAGCGGGGCGGCGGCGGCGCCGGGGACCAGGCGGGCUGGGCCGGCGGCUACCCAGAGAUCGUGAAGGAGAACGAGCUGUUCGAGCGGUACUACCAGGAGCUGGGCAUCGUGCCCGCCGGCGAGUGGGACGCGUUCAUGGCGGCGCUGCGGGAGCCGCUGCCCGCCACGCUGCGCAUCACGGGCUACCGCAGCCAUGCCAAAGAGAUUCUCCACUGCUUGAAGGAAAAAUACUUCAGGGAGCUGCAGAACCUGGAGGUGGAUGGUCAAAAAGUCGAGAUGCCACAGUCGCUGAGCUGGUAUCCGGAAGAGUUAGCCUGGCACACUAACUUGAGUAGAAAAAUCUUACGCAAGUCCCCACAACUGGAAAAGUUUCAUCAAUUUCUGGUUAGCGAGACAGAGUGUGGAAAUAUCAGUCGUCAGGAGGCUGUUAGUAUGAUCCCACCUCUGCUGCUUAACGUUAGCCCUCAUCAUAAGAUUCUAGAUAUGUGUGCUGCACCUGGAUCUAAGACGGCACAACUCAUUGAAAUGUUGCAUGCAGACAUGAAUGUUCCUUUUCCCAAGGGUUUCGUAAUUGCUAAUGAUGUCGACAACAAGCGCUGCUAUUUGCUGGUUCAUCAGGCUAAGAGAUUAAACAGUCCGUGCAUCAUGGUGGUAAAUCAUGAUGCCUCCAGCAUUCCUAACCUACAAAUAGAUGUUGAUGGAAGAAAAGAGAUCCUCUUCUAUGACAGGAUUUUAUGUGACGUCCCCUGCAGCGGAGAUGGAACCAUGAGGAAAAACAUUGAUGUAUGGAAGAAGUGGACAACACAAAACAGUUUGCAGCUCCACGGAUUGCAGCUGAGAAUUGCAACCCGUGGUGUUGAACAGCUGGCAGAAGGUGGGAGAAUGGUGUAUUCUACGUGUUCAUUGAAUCCUAUCGAAAAUGAAGCUGUGAUCGCAUCUCUGCUGGAGAAAAGUCAAGGUGCCUUAGAACUUGCUGAUGUCUCUUCCGAGUUACCAGGCUUGAAGAGGAUGCCAGGAAUUACAAAAUGGAAGGUAAUGCUGAAAGAUGGACAGUGGUUUGAAGAGUGGAAAGAUGUGCCUUCAAAUAGACAAACACAAAUACGUCCCACUAUGUUUCCAGUAAAAGAUGAAGAGAAGCUAAAGGCAAUGAAUCUAGAGCGUUGUCUUAGGAUAUUGCCACAUCACCAGAACACAGGCGGUUUCUUUGUGGCUGUGUUAAUAAAAAAGUCUCCCAUGCCAUGGAAUAAACGUCAACCUAAGGUUCAUCAGAAGUUACCACAAAGAACAGGAGAUACUGAAGUGACAGCAACUAAUUCAGAUAAUGGUUCUGACUGUAUUACUGAAGAACCAAUACUUGCUGAAAAUGAAGAGUCUAAGAAAAUGGAAGGAUUGCAGAAUUUGGACACUGAGCAAAGCAAAAAGGAAGGAGUAUGUGGACCACCACCAUCUAAAAAAAUGAAGUUGUUUGGUUUUAAAGAAGACCCUUUUGUCUUUCUCCCUGAAGAUGAUCCAUUGUUCCUUCCUAUCCAGAAGUUUUAUGCAUUGGACCCAUCAUUUCCCAAGAUGAAUUUACUGACUCGAACCANGAAGAGACAGCUGUACAUGGUUUCUAAGGAGCUAAGGAAUGUGCUUCUGAACAACAGUGAGAAGAUGAAGGUUAUUAACACAGGGAUAAAAGUCUGGUCUCGCAACAGUGAUGGUGAACAGUUUGGAUGUGCAUUCCGAUUAGCACAAGAGGGAAUUUAUACUCUGUACCCAUUCAUUAAUGCGAGGAUUAUAAAUGUUUGCAUAGAAGAUGUUAAAAUUCUGCUAACCCAGGAAAAUCCAUUCUUAACUAAAUUUAGCAGUGAAACACAGAAGAAAGUCAAAGACAUGGCAAUGGGAAGUGUAGUUCUGAAGUAUGACCCAAACCCUGAAAAACCUGAUGAUCUUCAGUGUCCAAUAGUGCUUUGUGGUUGGCAAGGAAAGACGUCACUCCGUGCCUUUGUGCCCAAGAAUGAGAGACUUCAUUACCUGAGGAUGAUGGGAGUUGAAGUGUUUAAAGCAAAGAAGAAAGAGGAGGAAUUGGAAAACAAAACUGAGGAAGAAGUUCAACAUAAGCUGGCGCAAACAGAGGACGGAAUGGAUGUGGAAGAUAAAGAACACGAUUUAGUCACAAAAAUGGAAGCAGAAAUAGGUGAAGAAUCUUCCCAGAGUCCUGUGGAAAGCAGUGCUAUGGAAACAGAAAAUAAAACUGAGGAUUUAGAUCAAUCCAGUAAAAAUGCCACCACUCACAUAAGCAAGGAAAGCAAAGGCACGGAUACAAGUAAUGUGAAAGAUUAGAUUUCUUUUGUAUUGCUUGGCAGCUUCCACGAGGCUCAUAUACAACUUUUGCUUUUAGCAUGAAACUGUAUUUUAAAAUUUUGGUUGGAAUGGGAUGUUCCUCUUUGGAAGUUUCACCUAUUUUAUAUUUUAAAUGAAAGCUGUAAAGAGA